AGUCCGCUCCUUUUCCCUAAGCUUCUCUAGGCCCCCGCCCCCAUCGCGUGGAUUCUUUGCCUGAUCCAGUUCGUUUCCCUCCGGUCUCCACAUUUUCCCUUCCAUCCCUCCACUUCUCUGGAUCAAUGGAUAGUAAGGUUCCAACUCUCAGCUCACACACCACUGGCGGACACCCCAGUAACAAGUGAGAGCACUCUGCCCGGCACUCCCCGCCUCUGUCCCCUACCCGGUUCCCCAGCUCUGAGAAGGCAAAGGAACAGCAUCACCAGCGUGGAUUUUUCUCUCCAACUUUAUCCAACCGACUACUAGGAAGCAGCUUCAACGCUUGGCCAGCCACGGGAUUGCUUUGCGUCUCCUCUCUAGCCCUCCUGGAUAUUCAGUUCAUUGAUGCCUCACAAGCCCCACGGAGAGCUGUGCCCCCCUUCUUUUGGUCCCUCUGUUUCCUUGAGUUAGUUAUCCAAGGUGUUGUCGGGAUUCGGGAGCUCUUGGACCGAAUGGAACUUUUUGCUGCCUCUUCUUGCUGCUGAUUGUGUCCCUGGACAAGGAAAAAGGCUUCACAGGCAGAAGAGGCGCAGGGGAGGUGGAGAAAGAGGUGGAGGAAGAGGACGACGAGGAGGAGGAAGCCAAAGGGGCUCGGUGUGGGCCCGGGUGUGUGCAUGUAUGCAUGCGUGUGUGAGUGCAUGUGUGUGAGUGCCACCGCUGCCCAGGACCCCCGGCCCCGAAGGUGUUGGCUGAAAUAUGGAGAAUAGUCUUGGAUGUGUUUGGGUACCCAAGCUGGCUUUUGUACUCUUCGGAGCUUCCUUGCUCAGCGCGCAUCUUCAAGUCACUGGUUUUCAAAUCAAACCCUUCACAUCCCUUCAUUUCGUUUCUGAACCUUCUGAUGCUGUCACCAUGCGGGGUGGAAAUGUCCUGCUCAACUGCUCUGCAGAGUCUGACAGGGGAGUUCCAGUCAUCAAGUGGAAGAAGGAUGGCCUCAUCCUAGCCUUGGGCAUGGAUGACAGGAAGCAGCAACUCCCUAAUGGGUCUCUGUUGAUACAAAACAUACUUCAUUCCAGACACCAUAAGCCAGAUGAAGGACUUUACCAAUGCGAGGCAUCCUUGGGAGAUUCUGGCUCCAUUAUUAGCCGGAUAGCAAAAGUUGCAGUAGCAGGACCACUGAGGUUCCUUUCCCAGACAGAAUCUAUCACAGCCUUCAUGGGAGAUACAGUGUUACUCAAGUGUGAAGUCAUUGGGGAACCCAUGCCAACAAUACACUGGCAGAAAAAUCAACAAGACCUCAUCCCAGUUCCAGGAGACUCCCGUGUGGUGGUCUUGCCUUCUGGAGCAUUGCAGAUCAGCAGACUUCAACCAGGGGACAUUGGAACCUACCGAUGCACAGCUCGGAACCCAGCUAGCACAAGAAUGGGCAAUGAAGCAGAAGUUAGAAUUUUAUCAGAUCCAGGGUUGCAUAGGCAGCUCUAUUUUCUGCAAAGACCAUCCAACGUAGUAGCCAUUGAAGGAAAAGAUGCUGUCCUGGAGUGUUGUGUUUCUGGCUACCCUCCGCCAAGUUUCACCUGGUUACGGGGCGAGGAGGUUAUCCAACUGAGGUCAAAAAAGUAUUCAUUGUUGGGUGGAAGCAAUUUGCUCAUCUCUAAUGUGACAGAUGAUGACAGUGGAACCUAUACUUGUGUUGUAACAUAUAAGAAUGAGAACAUUAGUGCCUCUGCAGAGCUCACCGUCUUGGUUCCACCAUGGUUUUUAAAUCACCCUUCCAACCUCUAUGCCUAUGAAAGCAUGGACAUUGAGUUUGAAUGUGCAGUUUCUGGGAAACCUGUGCCCACUGUGAAUUGGAUGAAGAAUGGAGAUGUGGUCAUUCCUAGUGAUUAUUUUCAGAUAGUGGGAGGAAGCAAUUUACGGAUCCUUGGGGUGGUGAAGUCAGAUGAAGGCUUUUAUCAGUGCAUGGCUGAAAACGAGGCCGGUAAUGCCCAAAGUAGUGCCCAGCUGAUUGUACCCAAGCCUGCCAUCCCAAGCUCCAGCAUCCUUCCUUCUGCUCCCAGAGAUGUGGUACCAGUCUUGGUUUCUAGUCGCUUUGUCCGUCUGAGUUGGCGUCCACCUGCAGAAGCAAAGGGGAACAUCCAAACCUUCACGGUCUUUUUCUCCCGAGAGGGUGACAACAGGGAGCGAGCUUUGAAUACAACCCAGCCUGGGUCCCUUCAGCUUACUGUGGGGAACUUGAAACCAGAAGCCAUGUACACCUUCAGAGUUGUUGCCUACAAUGAGUGGGGACCAGGGGAGAGUUCUCAACCCAUCAAGGUGGCCACUCAGCCUGAGUUGCAAGUUCCAGGGCCAGUAGAAAACCUGCAUGCUGUAUCUACCUCACCUACCUCAAUUCUUAUUACAUGGGAACCCCCUGCCUAUGCAAAUGGUCCAGUCCAAGGUUAUAGAUUGUUCUGCACUGAAGUGUCUACAGGAAAAGAACAGAAUAUAGAGGUUGAUGGACUAUCUUAUAAACUGGAAGGCCUGAAAAAAUUCACGGAAUAUACUCUUCGGUUCUUAGCUUAUAAUCGUUAUGGACCAGGAGUAUCUACUGACGAUAUAACAGUGGUUACACUUUCUGAUGUGCCUGGAGCUCCACCACAGAACAUCUCACUGGAAGUGGUUAAUUCAAGGAGUAUCAAAGUGAGCUGGCUUCCUCCCCCAUCAGGAACACAAAACGGAUUUAUUACUGGCUAUAAAAUUCGACACAGAAAGACUACCCGCAGGGGUGAGAUGGAAACACUGGAACCAAAUAACCUCUGGUACCUAUUCACAGGAUUGGAGAAAGGGAGUCAGUACAGUUUCCAAGUGUCGGCCAUGACUGUUAAUGGCACUGGACCACCUUCCAACUGGUACACAGCAGAGACCCCAGAGAAUGACCUAGAUGAGUCUCAAGUCCCUGACCAGCCAAGCUCCCUUCAUGUAAGACCACAGACAAAUUGCAUCAUCAUGAGUUGGACUCCUCCUCUCAACCCAAACAUCGUUGUGAGAGGUUAUAUUAUUGGAUAUGGUGUUGGCAGUCCUUAUGCUGAGACAAUACGUGUAGACAGUAAGCAGCGGUACUAUUCCAUCGAGAGAUUAGAGUCAAGUUCUCAUUAUGUAAUCUCCUUAAAAGCUUUCAACAAUGCAGGAGAAGGUGUCCCUCUUUAUGAAAGUGCCACUACACGCUCCAUAACAGAUCCCACUGACCCAGUUGAUUAUUAUCCUUUGCUUGAUGAUUUCCCCACCUCGGGCCCAGAUGUCUCCACCCCCAUGCUCCCACCAGUAGGUGUACAGGCUGUGGCUCUUACCCACGAGGCUGUGAGGGUCAGCUGGGCAGACAACUCUGUCCCAAAGAACCAAAAAACAUCCGAUGUGCGACUUUACACUGUCCGAUGGAGGACCAGCUUUUCUACCAGUGCCAAGUACAAGUCAGAAGACACAACAUCUCUCAGCUACACAGCAACAGGCCUCAAGCCCAACACGAUGUAUGAGUUCUCAGUCAUGGUGACAAAGAACAGGAGGUCAAGCACCUGGAGCAUGACCGCACACGCCACCACAUACGAAGCUGCCCCAACUUCUGCUCCCAAGGAUUUGACAGUCAUUACUCGAGAAGGGAAGCCCCGUGCUGUCAUUGUGAGCUGGCAGCCUCCCUUGGAAGCCAAUGGGAAAAUCACUGCUUACAUCCUAUUUUAUACCUUGGACAAGAAUAUACCAAUAGACGACUGGAUUAUGGAAACUAUAAAUGGUGAUCGGCUGACCCAUCAGAUCAUGGAUCUAAACCUUGACACUAUGUACUACUUUCGAAUUCAAGCUCGGAAUGCGAAAGGAGUGGGGCCCCUCUCUGAUCCCAUCCUCUUCAGGACUUUGAAAGUGGAACUCCCUGACAAAAUGGCUAAUGACCAAGGUCGUCAUGGAGAUGGAGGUUAUUGGCCAGUUGAUACGAACUUGAUUGAUAGAAGCACUCUCAAUGAACCACCCAUUGGACAGAUGCACCCUCCACAUGGCAGUGUCACUCCUCAGAAGAACAGCAACCUGCUUGUGAUAACUGUGGUCACCGUUGGCAUCCUCACAGUGUUAGUAGUGGUGAUUGUAGCUGUGAUUUGCACCAGGCGCUCUUCAGCCCAGCAGAGGAAGAAACGGGCCACCCACAGUGUGAGCAAAAGGAAAGGAAGUCAAAAGGACCUCAGACCUCCUGACCUUUGGAUACACCAUGAAGAAAUGGAAAUGAAGAAUAUUGAGAAGCCUUCAGGAACUGACCCUGCAGGGAGGGACUCUCCCAUCCAGAGCUGUCAAGAGCUCACACCAGUUAGCCACAGCCAGUCAGAAACCCAGAUGGGAAGCAAAAGCGCCUCGCAUUCAGGUCAAGACUCUGAAGAAGCAGGAAGCUCCAUGUCUACUCUGGAGAGGUCCCUUGCAGCUCGCCGAGCCACCAGGGCAAAGCUCAUGAUUCCCAUGGAGGCCCAGUCCAGCAAUCCUGCUGUCGUCAGUGCCAUCCCUGUGCCAACACUAGAAAGUGCCCAGUAUCCUGGAAUCCUUCCAUCUCCCACCUGUGGAUACCCCCACCCGCAGUUCACUCUCCGGCCAGUACCAUUCCCAACGCUGUCUGUGGAUCGAGGUUUUGGCACAGGAAGAAGUCAGUCUGUGAGUGAAGGACCAACCACACAACAACAGCCCAUGCUGCCGCCAGCUCAGCCUGAACAUCCCACCAGCGAGGAAGCACCCAGCAGAACUAUCCCCACAGCCUGUGUCCGACCAACUCAUCCACUCCGCAGCUUUGCCAACCCUUUGCUACCUCCACCAAUGAGUGCAAUAGAACCAAAAGUCCCUUAUACACCACUUUUGUCUCAGCCGGGACCUACUCUGCCCAAGACUCAUGUGAAAACAGCCUCUCUUGGACUGGCUGGAAAGGCAAGGUCCCCUUUGCUUCCUGUGUCUGUGCCAACAGCCCCUGAAGUAUCUGAGGAGACUCACAAGCCAGCAGAGGAUCCAGCCAGUGUAUAUGAGCAGGAUGACUUGAGUGAACAAAUGGCAAGUUUGGAAGGGCUAAUGAAGCAACUUAAUGCCAUCACAGGUUCAGCUUUUUGACACAUAUUGCAGAAGCACUGAGAUUUUCUGGGAACUUUAAAGCAUACCAAUUAUCCAUAAACAGCACACCUGUGUCCAAAAACUCUAACCAGUGUACAGGUCAACCGUCAGGACCACUCAGUUAAGGAACAUCUGGAGCAGUUCGGAAGGAAUCCCAUCCUACCUAGACAUCAGGAAUUGGACAAGGAUGGCCAUGAGGUCCCUAAGCAAAAGCAAAGAUGCAUCUUCACUGAAAAGUCAAGGCUGAAGUUGCUAGCAUAGUUCUGGGUAUUUGUCACUGCAGUGACUAUUGUGUCAUCACUGAUGCCUACAUUUUCUUUCAGUGAUAACUUCCAUUUUCUGUAUAGGUCUAGUCUUACAAAAUACAAGUGCAUUAUUCAAGCCUGUACCAUGCCAUAGCAAAUCAGAAAAUAAAAAACAACCUCACUGUUUUUAUUUUCAACUUUAAACUACAAAACAUUCAUGGUAAUUCUCUGAUUACAUAGCACCAAAGGACUGGAUGUUUUUCUGGCAGCAGAAAAAGUAAAUUAAGUGAACAAGCAAAAGGCAAUGAAUGCUUGUUUACAGCCCAAUGAUUCAUCUCAAGUGGCAGAUAUUAGUGAGUGGGUGUAAAAUUUUUACCAAGUUUAGCAAGUAUUUGUAAAUCCAUCCAUGAUUAAUGUUUAUGUCUAGAGUAUAGACACAAAAAUCCUCAACUGGUGGCAAUCUGCCAACAAUACCACCUUUCUAGAAGGAAAGGACAAUAUGCAAUCUUCUCAGACACAUGGUGAUUGUGAAAUUAAGCUUGUAAUAUGAUACUUUUCAACUUGAGUGGCUUUUGUGCCAUUCCACACUGUGAUGGCCUGUCUGAGUUUCACUAAGGCUUCUUCUUCAGGCAUUUGGCCAGAAGCAUUCUACAAUCCUCCUUCUCAUCAUCCCCCUAUUUCUUUCUCCUGGGCAAGUAGCCUUAGGUAAAAUGGCCAACUUCAUGAAUCCUAUAUCCUGUGUCCCCAAUAUCCCUCCAUGCAGAUAGGAGACUUCCUGAGAGUAAGCUCAAAAGAAGGAAAAGGAGCAUGAAAGACCGUUUCCAAGAGCACCUUUUCUUGAGCAAUGUCACUUCCACCUAUCACAUCUUCACUGAGCUGCGUGAGGCAACAUUGACUAAUGUUCACCACAGGCUCUGUUGGCAAGGCAACCUUCCAUACCAUCCCUAAGACAGAUUCAGGGAGGAGAGAGGGGUGGGUACCACUUGACAUCUGACACAUCAUGUAGGUAUUUUUCAAAGCAGCAUCUUAAACUGUGGACUAGAAUUUUAAACUAUUGCCAUGUUAUCUACAGCUUGAAACUAGCUGAAAUUAAGAACAUUCUGUGCAUUCCCUUUUAGUUUAUGAAUUUUCAGCUGCAUUUGGAGUUAAUCCCUAUUUAUGCAGCUGAGUCGCCAAAAGGGAGCUAGUUUGCAUAUUUAUCAGUUAGGUGACUUGAAAACCCAAUGAGAGUUUCAGCUGAAUUAUUCCUUUCAGCUCUGCCUUUGAUUUCAAGCUUGAGUAGGUCAUAAUUUUAAAAGAGCAUGGCAAGGAUAGAAUCUUUACAACCUAAUAGCUCCUUUUAUUAGGUGGGUAAUUAUAUAUGAAUCCCUGAAUGAAAUAUUUUGAGCAAAAUGGCACUGUAACAGAAAUAAUAAUUCAGAUUAUUUUUUUACAGUUUUAUGUCGGGAAAGGAAAUCUGAUGUCAAAGAGAGGGCUGGUUCAAAUGGUUCAUUAGAAAGUCUGGUCCAUUUGCAAAAUGUUUCCUUCAACAAGAGUGCUUGUUCAAUUUACUGAGAUUUUUCUGGAAGUACUUUCGAAGAGCUAUGUGAUGUUACUUAAUGGGACAGAAGGCUUUUGUUCAAUAUCUGGGCACUUAGGUAGACAACCCUGACCUGAAACAAAGCAUUUCUUAACAUAGCAUUGAAUACUUUAACAAAUCACCCACUGUUGCCAACUGGAAAAUAUUUACUAAGCUAAGUUUCUCAAAAUCCUAGAAUAUGCUCCCUUUUUUAGUUUCUGUAAAGCUGAACCACUUUUUUUGAGGCAUUUGAUACCCAUCAGAGUCAACUCAAGUUUCCACGUGGGGUAUGUUACAAACCUCAGGUUUUAGUGAAUAAGUUUUAAUGGAAUGUUGCUAUAAAUUCUAGGUGGACAGUCAAGACAACUACAAUUUACAAAAUUCUAGGCCUUUCUGCUUGGUCAGUAAUUUCCAGAAAUGUAAUCUUUAAAAAUCAUUGAAAGUAUGUUAUCCAUUUUCAUUGGUAGCUGUAUUUCUGCUCCAUGCCCUUGAAAAUUUCAACAAAUGAAUAUAAUAGUUUAAUCAGCUACUGAGUCUUAUAAGUCAUAUUAUCAUGUCUUGUAUAUACAGUGGAAUCCAUUUACACAUACUCAGGAGACUGAUAUUAACCUGGUGAUUUUAAUGUACAAUUAGUUCAAUGUGGCUUCUUCAGAAAGCUUGUUCCCAUAUCCCUUCCAAUGAUUCACAUGUGAACAAAACAUACCCAGGAUUCCAGGUGAAAGUUUAAUUCUCUAGUCUCCUUUGACAAGAAAGACUCUGUGGCUGGUGUGAGGCAGUUUGGUUUGAUUCCUUCUGAGUCCAGCUCAUGGCGUGCAGGACACUUUAAACUUAUAAAUUUAUUUGACUCCCAUAGGGUAAGGCUGACCAUGUAGCCAGCAUCUCUGCUACUCAGAAUCAAUUCUCUGUGAAAAGGAAGAAAAUAAAACUUGGCAGGAGGACUUAUGUUUCCACACACUAUAUUGAAAUUCAAAGCAAGAACCUGCUCUUGAAGAACUUUUUAAUUUUUUUUCUGUUUCAUUUUGAUAAAAAAGCUAUUCUCAUUCUUCCAGAAAUUUUUGCAUUUGUUUAAACUGACAAAAGUGAGGAUAGCUCAAAAUAUAUACAAAACCAUUUUUGUAAUGCUCCAGUCAAAAUGUAAGUAUUUCUUAGUGACUUAUAUUCAAUGGAGAACUGGUUAUAGCUGCCUCCAUAUAGUAGACCCAUAAUAUUCCAUAACAUUUAAACAAUACAGCUUUAUCUUUGGCUAUUAUUAAAUACAUACUCAGUUGAAUGACCCAGAAAUAAAGAAGCCAAGUUAUUGAUGUAAGCAGACUCACUAAGGUUUCCUUUUGGGACUGGAUGUAAUAAUAGUUUGGGUUUCUUCAAAAUAAAGGUUGAUGAAAAUAAGGAGUAUGCUUCAUGCUCUGCAAAGAUAGAAUUUACAGAGAGUCCAGACAGCAUUUUAAAGCUAAAGCUCACCAUUCACUAGCUUUCCAAAUAAACAACUUCUCCAGCGCAGGUCUUUCUGGUACCCUUACCCCAAGAGUUUUAUACUGAGAUGACUGUUGAUAUUUUCCUCUCCUCUCUGGAGCCUUCUGACUUAGUUCAAAUAAAUGUCUUAAAGCCACCCAUCAACGAAAAACAAUGUGUCAGUUAUGAUAGGUGAACUGUCCAUGCAAUCCCCAAAAAGAUUACUUAAGAUGCUGCCUAACAUUUUACAUAAAAUCAUAUCCAAAGCAAAGAAUUAUGGUGGUUUUCGAAUGCUCAUUUCCAGUCAGUGACACACAGGAAAAAGGGAAACCUCCAAGUCUAUAAUGUAUUUAAAGAAAAUAAAAGUAAUACAAACUUUAAAAAGAUGAAGAACAGCAAUACAGAGAAUAGAAAUUCUCCAUUUUACACCUAGUUCUCUUUAUGCAUCAGUCUAUUUCCAAGUAUUAGUAUCAUAGCCUGGGAUACCUGGGUAUACCUACUUAUGAUUUGAAGAUGACAGAGUCCAGGGCACUAAGGAUCUGCAGCAGCCACAACACAGUCCAAUACAAACUUCCUUUCCCAAAAUCAAAUUCAAAGCAAUAUUCUCUUCAUAAUUUGUAUUUAUCUAAUGACUUUCAAAAAUCAUUUUAACAUUACUCAUAAGAGCUUUGCACUUUUGUCCCUGUUUUUAAAGUUAUGUGGACACAUUAGAAAAUCACAGAUAGCUGGUUUGUGUGACACCCCAUCCAACUGAAAAUAUGUGUCCUCAUGCCUCAGUCUACCUUGUUAGAAACAUUUGCCUUGUUAAAGAAACGCUCUAUUUCUGGUCAGUGAGGAUAUAUAGGUGACAAUACUAUGCCCAUAUCAGCAAAUGAGUGUAACGUCUGCUCUGUCUCAUUCCUUUGACCAUUGCAUAGCUUUUCCUGGGAAGACUUCUAGCAACACUCUGAAGGGUGUUUCUCUCUUGCUCUCAACUUUGUACAUUGCCAUCUUAUGAUUCUGUUGUUGUUGUUGAUAGGAGAGCAACAGCAAAACUGGACAAGAAAUCAUAACUACAGAGGCAUGGGCCAAGGGAUCUCACUGUGUGUUUGAUGUGUAUUUUCAAGAUGCAAGAAAGGAAUGUUGGAGAGGAGGAAAAAUGUGUUUUUUAUUAUUGUAGGGUGAACCUGACAAUUCACUUGGUGGAUUGGCAGCUUGU